AUGUUCAUAUUAUCUAUCUAUUUCAAACUUUUCAUAUCGAUCGAUUAUCAAAAUAAAAGGUCACUUUUCAUAUCUAAACAUCUAUCUAAUAAUCUAUCUAUCAAUAAUCUAUCUAUUUAUUUAUUCUAUCUAUCUCAGUCUGUUCAUAUUUAUCUAUCUCAAACUAUUUGUUUAAAUUUAUCUAUCAAAAAAUCAUUAUCUAUCUAUCUAAACAAUCUAUCUAUCACAACUUUUCCUAUCUACCUACCUACCUAUCUAUCUAUCUAUCUAUCUAUCUAUCUAUCUAUCUAUCUAUCUAUCACAGUCUGUUCAUAUCUAUAUAUCUAUCUAUCUCAGACUGUUGCCCGUAUCUAUCUCAGUGUGUUCAUAUCUAUCUAUCUAUUUCAAACUUUUCAUAUCGAUCGAUCUAUCAAUCUCAGUCUUUUCAUAUCUAUCUAUCUAUCUAUCUAUCUAUCUAUCUAUCUAUCUAUCACAGUCUGUUCAUAUCUAUAUAUCUAUCUAUCUCAGAUUGUUGUCCGUAUCUAUCUAUCUCAUCUUUUCAUAUCUAUCUAUCUAUCUAUCUAUCUAUCUAUAUAUAUAUAUAUAUAUAAUUGCUUUUCUUUCUUUUUCUUUCCUUCUUUCUUUUUUCUUUUUUCUUUCUUUUUUCUUUCUUUCUUUUUCUUUUUUCCUUCUUUCUUUCUUUUCAGCUUAUUCCUUUUCUUUCUUUCUUUCUUUCUUUCUUUCUUUCUUUCUUUCUUUCUUUCUUUUCAGCUAAUUGUUUUUCUUUCUUUUUUCUUUCGUCUUUCAUUUUUCUUUCUUUCUUUCUUUUCCGCUAAUUUUAAUUGCUCAUCCGUUCCUUCAUCUCAUCAUUUUCCCUACUUCCCGCCUCCCUCCUUCCUUCUUUACUUCCUUCAUCCCGUUAUCUCCCCUCCCUUCCUUCCUUCCUUCCUUCCUUCAUCCCGUCAUUUUCCCUCCCUUCCUUCCUUUCUACCUCACUUUCUCCUCUCCCCUUUCUUCCUUCCUCGUUUCCUUCCUUCUUUCCUUCCCUUUCCCUUCAUUUUUCCUUUUUUUUUCUUCCUUCCUUCCUUCCUUCCUUCCUUCCUUCUGUCAUUUACUCUCCUUCCUUCCUUCCUUCCUUUCAUUUUUCUCCCAUCCCUUUCUUCCUUCCUCCUUCUCUCCCUUCCUGCCUCCGUCCCUUCCUUCCUUCCUUCCUUCCUUCCUUCCUUCCUUCCUUCCGUCAUCUUCCCUCCCUCCUACCCCCUCCUUCCUUCCUUCCUUCUGUCAUCUUCUCUCCGCCUCCUUAUUUUAUUCCUUCCUUCCUUCCUUCCUUCCUUUCUUCCUCCGUUCCCUUACCUUCAUCCUUCCCCUCCCUCUCUCCUUCAUUUUUCCUUCCUUCCUUCAUUCAUUCCGUCAUCUUCCCUUCCGCCCCCUCCUCCCUUCCUUCCUUUAUUCUGUCAUUUACUCUCCUUCCCUCCUUGCUUCCUUCCUACCUUCCUUCUUUCCUUCCCUCGUCCUUUCCUUUUCUUUCUCCCUUCCACCCUUCCUCCCUUUCUUCCUUUUCUCCUUUCCUGCCUCCCUCCCUUUCUUCCUUCCUUCAUUCCAUCAUCUUAUCUCCCGCCCCCUCCUUCCUUCCCUCCUUCCUUCCUUCCUUUCUUCCUUCUGUCAUCUUCUCUCCACCGCCUUCCUUCUUUCCUUCCCUCGUCCUUUCCUUUCUUCCUCCCUCCCUUCCUCCCUUUCUUCCUUCCUUCCUCCCUUCCCCUCUCUCCCUUCUUCUCUUCUUUCCUUCCGUCUUCUCUCCCUUCGUUCCUUCCUCCCUUUCUUCCUCCCUUCCUUCUUAUUUCGACUGAUUUAAACACUGUUUAA